CCUGAGUGGAGACAAGGUGAACAUGGGUGAGGCAAUACCGAAGGAAGUGAAGGAUCUGUGGGACAAAUGGAACAUACGUGGUCUGGUGAUUCUCAGUCUUGCUCUUCAGACAUUCCUGGUUCUUCUCUCACCAAACAGAAAACGAACUCACCGUCGUUUUUUCCGGUUGCUCAUUUGGUCGGCUUACCUUCUAGCCAACUGGGCAGCAGAGUACGCCGUGGGACAGAUCUCAGAUAAUCAAGGAAGCGAACCGCAACCAAAAAACACAGAUCUCUUAGCUUUCUGGGCAACCUUCCUUCUCUUACACCUCGGUGGUCCUGACACUAUCACAGCUCUUGCCAUUGAAGACAAUGACCUCUGGCUCAGGAGCUUGUUCGCUCUUGUUUGCCAAGCAGUCGUCACUCUGUAUGUCUUUCUUCUCUCAAUACCAAACAAUCUUUUGGCACCCACAUCGCUCAUGCUCGUAGCCGGAGUCAUCAAGUAUGUAGAGAGGAUACAAGCAUUGCGUGGAGCGAGUCUUGAAACAUUCAAGAACUCGAUGCUCGAGGAUCCUGAUCCUGGACCGGAUUACGCAAGGCUCAUGGAGGAGUUUUCAGUUAGGAAGAUGCUUAGAGAACCUACCCAAAUAGUUAGGAUCGAGGAGGUCGAGAAAGGUCAACGACCCAAGGUUUUAGUGAGACCACCUAACAAGCUGACCAAUCUUGAGGCUGUCCAAUACGCUUACAAGUACUUCAAUAUCUUCAAAGGUCUUGUGGUUGAUCUCAUGUUUAACUCUCAAUCUGAGCAGUUGAACAACAGCAAAGAAUUCUUCCUCUCAUUAAAACCAAAGGAAGCUCUGAGGGUUUUAGAGGUGGAGCUUAGUUUCAUCUAUGGCACUUUUUACACCAAAGUUAACAUUCUCCAUACCUGGAUUGGAAUAUCUUUCCGGUUCAUGGCCUUAGCAUCACUUCUGUCAUCUCUCUGCAUUUUCGCAACGGCGAAGAAAUCUGAUUAUAACAGAUUCGAUGUAGACCUAACGUACGUCUUGCUCAUCAGUGGAAUAGCACUUGAUUUGGUUGCAAUAUUCAUCUUCUGUGUCUCUGAUUGGACAUUUGCAAGAUUUAAGAAGCCAAAGGAGGAUGAAGACGGAAACAGCACCCUGUUCGGUACAGUUUUCAACUGGAUCCUCAGUUUCAGGAAGCUCAAGUGGAAGGCCUGCGAUUGUUCCCACAGAGUAGGAGGCAGCAAAUGUAAGGUUCUUGAUAGAAAAUUCAUAUUUCGCAGAUGGUCUGAAUACAUAUAUACAUAUAACCUGAUUGAGUACUCUCUUGGACUAAAAUCUUCGACCAUCCACAAUACCGACGGAUGGAUCCACAGAUUCUUUGACGCUUUCAUUCAAUCUUUGUGGAUUGAUGUUGCCGUCAGAUAUACCAUCCGAGGGAUCAGCUUCUGUUUCAGAAACAUGAAACAUGAGAUUGAUCUUGCUCGCAGUUGGUUGAAUGAGCUCAUUGUUCAAUCUUACACGGACAACAGGAAGCUGUAUUAUGCUCUUUCCCCUUUGAAGCUGUUUUUGAGAUUCUGGUUUGGUAUCCCUGUUAUCUACUAUGUUUUGGACUUCUUCGGCAUCUCUGAUCAGCUCAACCGGGUGAUUUAUACAUCAAGUGAUCGUAUAACCAAACAAAUGUGGGAGUUCAUAUUUAAAGAGGUUAAGCGAAGAUCCGAAGCUGCUGAUAGGGCAGAGACUGCCAGUGAUAUAUACUCUACAAGGGGUGAGUGGGUGCUGCAUGACAUACUUAAUGAGACACUCCGCAUGAAACUUCUGCGCUACGUCACUCAAGCAGACUAUGAUCAGAGCAUUCUUAUGUGGCAUAUUGCCACUGAGCUCUUAUACAAAACAGAGAAAGCAACAUCAGAGAAUGAAUGUAACCGGGAGUUCAGCAAAAUCCUUUCAGAUUACAUGAUGUACCUCUUAUUCGUGCAGCCUGCUAUGAUGUCAACGGUUGCAGGAAUCGAUAAGGCAAGUUUCAUGGAAGCUGUAGCAGAAGUUAAGAAGACUGGAGAAGCUAAAAAGUUCUUGAAGAGGAAGGACCGUGAAGAUAUAGACCUAGAGAAUGUCUGCAAUGGGAUUUUAUCUUCUCUUGGGGAGUCAAGGGAAAGAAAAGGGAGGAGACAUCAACGCAGGAAUGUGCUAGCUGAUGCGAGUAGACUAGCAAAUGCACUUAAGCAAAUAAGUGGGAGCACGAAGUGGAUGAUAGUGAGCAAUGUGUGGGUGGAGAUGCUUUGCUAUGGAGCAACUUACUGUGACCCCAAACAACAUGUAGCCCAACUAAGCAAAGGAGGUGAAUUCAUCAGCUUUGUUUGGCUAUUGAUGGCUCAUUUUGGCCUCGGAGACCAAUUUCAGACCACAGAGGAGAAUGCUAGAGCCAGACUCAUUGUGGCCAAGUAAAAACUCUACUAUGUUAAUUCCUGUGUUGUUCCUUAUUUUUUACCCUGUCGCGCAACUUCAGCCUUUGCAGUCAUAUUCUUCUCUAACCUGUCCAAUGGGGGCAGUUGGUUUUGUUGCUGAAUAAUUUGCGGUGUCUGAUGAUCACUGUAACCAGUUUUCUUCAACUCCUAAAGAUUUUAAACAGCAAAACUUGAUCAAAGAAGAUAGUGGGUGAUGGUUGAGCUGUAAUUGUAUAUUAUAUACUGUAGCUGUAGGAUAUUUUUUUCUGUAACUCUUCUAGCUAU